AUACAUCAAAAGAAUCUCGCGUUCACGUAACGAGAACAAGAUGAAGUUUGUUGCAACUGACCGCGUGAUAUUCUUUUCGGCAAUUAUCUGCACGUGCCUAAGUCUUCCCACAAUACCACAGCGGACCGGAACAGUGUCGAGCAGGCAUGCCAAGAAACUUGUGAAACGAAGCCACGCGUCCGACAUGGCGGAGAUGAUGUUGGAAUUUGGAGACGUGGAUGGUAGUGGUCAAUUGACAGAACACGAAACCUUUUUAUUUUUCAAAAAUAGUAUUGGAUUUUCCGAUCAGGAAGCCGCCGAGGUGUCACAGAAAAUGAUAGAAAUGGGAGACUUUAAUAAAGAUGACAAACUGAACUAUUUAGAAGCUGCUGUAGCGCUAAUGAUAAUAUCGGACACGUGGGGCAACGCACUGAAGUGACGUUACACAAGUAGUGACGUCAUGUAUCUAUGACGUCACAAAGGAAAAAAAAGCACGGAUUGUAAUUACUAGCAUUGAUGACUAUCCCAGGAAUAACUGAUUCUCAGAAAAGACACCGUAUCUCGAUAUUCUUUUAUGAAUAUAUAUAAGAUAUUUGAUAGCUGGCCAUUAAACCAAAAGAUAUAAAAUAUAUAUGGCGUACAACUAGAAAAAGAAGAGGUUUCUAUUUCUUGCAUUUUUCAAAAACAAAACCUUUGUUUUGUGUUGGGAAAUGUCACCGUUUUCACGUGCUAGUUAGUGACGUAGUUUGAGGGAAGUAACAUUGGGCAUCCUUUAAGAUCAUGCCUUGAUAACUAUUUGCCCAUUUUCUUUUUAGUAGGAUAUAUUUGCAACAUUGUUAGUAUACCAUGUUACAUUUGUAAUGAGGGGCAAUAUUAUCAAAACACUCAGAUAAUUAUUAUCUCACUGCAGCUCAAACUAAAUAGUGGUCGGUCGUCAUAUUCACCGGCAGACGGCGCAGUGAUAGGGAAAUACUGAUAAGUGUGAUCGCUUUGAAGACAUCACUUCAAUUACAAUGACAGAAUCUUUAAGCAUCAACUUGUCUUUGAUUGUUUGCGAAAGAUAAGCUGUGUCUAUUCAGUAUUUCGGCCUGAUGCGUAUCUAUCUUGCAAGCACCAAUUCCAUUCUACUUCCAAAUCGUUUUGACUGUUUGGACUUGAAAUGAACAAUAAAACACAAUAAUAAAUU